AUGGCUUCUUCCCCAGAAGCCACUAUAUCGAAUUUCCGGACAAGGCUUGACCCAUACAUAAAACCUCGUGAACAAGUCAACUACAUCAGACGCAUCCUGGCUCUUGAACUAGGUUCCUACACUGGUGAUGGACCAAUCCAGCACCCCUUGUCACUCAAUGACGGACCAAUCGACAGACAUAUUGGCUCAGAACUCAAAGGCCUACACAAAGAAUAUAUCGUGGCUCUUCGCGCAAACAGCAUAGCUCGUCAGGAAUACGAGCAAAUCGCCAAAGAAACCACAUCAAAACCAACUGCCCCUGCAAAGUCGGCCAUAGGCAGCGCCCCAUCCUCUCUCGAAGAACACCUAGCACUCCUGAAGCUCCGCAAAAAGCACGAAAGUCUCAUCACAAUCCAAACGUAUCUAGACCACCUAUCCGGGGUCCCUGUCGCCGGGCAAGAUGCGCUGGACGUCGAGAAAGUUCUCAGAGGCGGCAGGGCUCUGCCCAGCGUUCCCAGCUCGGUAAUCAACAGCUUCGUGGUCGAGCAGAGCGCAGGACAGCCCGACCUUCAAACCCGCGUCAAUCAACUAGACAAGAUAGUACUUCGAACAAAACUCCUUCUGAAACGGGAAGAACAGCUCCUGGCCGAGGCAAAGGCAAGAUGCAGAACAAAGCCAGAGCUCGUCAGCAACGGCGCAAAAUUACAAGCUCUUGACAACACGCGUAAUGAGCUAAUUCGGUGGAUUGAAACGGAGUUGAGCAAGGCGUCGACGGAAGAUGACGAAGCGGCGACCUCGCAGGGUCAGGCACAAACAGCGGACAACCAAGCUAUUAUCACAAGGCAACUGCAGCAAAUCCAAGACAAAUACAAAGAAUAUGUCACCGCAAGAAAAGAGCUGCUGAAACUCACAUCGCAAACACCCCAGCCGUCACUACCGCCCCCAGAGCCAACAACCGCUACAUCAUCGCUUAAAUCCGCAGAGGCAGAAUCUCCGUCCACAGACUUCCUUAUCACCCCGUGUAUCCAAGCCCUGCUCACCCAGGCCCAGCUCCAAAAGGCCCUCAUUACACAUAGAUCGCACAUCGCCGCGUCAUUAAGCAGGCAGAACAAGGAGUCAUGCCAGCUCCUCGGCCGUCUAGCCGAAGAAAGCCAGCUGCUGUCAGCAUACCCAAUGAAGGACUCUACACGAAGACGAUCGGGCAUCCCGGAAAUCAUAGCGGCCAAGCCUAAUGGGCGGCCUGACAUGGCUAGCCGUGUGAAACCGUGGAUAUUUGCCUCCGACGCCGCCAAGAUCAGCACGUUGGAGGCAGUAGCGGAAAAGGUGGAGGUUGGGCAGGUGGCGCUGGAGAGCUCGAUGGAGGCCAUUCACGAGAUGGACGUGUUGCUAGGACUGGAUGAGGAAGACGAAACUGACGAGAUGGAUAAAACGGAGGACGACAUGUGGUUGCAGGGAUCUCUCAAACGGCAGCCCAAGAAGAAGGUUCCGACACCGAAUAAGGGCGAUCCUUGGGCACGAAUUCACGGCAAUCUUGGUCUGAUCGGCCACGACAACGUAUAA